AUGGCGGCGGUGGCGGGGGUCUGGCAGUCGCCGUGGCGGGCGCUGGUGGCGCUGGGCCGGGAGCUGGCGGCCGAGUGGGCGGCGCAGGACGUGCGGGCCGCGCUGUGCCAGCUGCUGCUGCUCUGGCUGGGCCUCAGCCUGCUGGGCGUCCGCCUGGCCUGGCGAGCCUACGGCGGGGCGGUGGCCGCGCUCUGCUACCGGACGGGGCCCGCCGCACGCCGGCCUCCCGCCACCGCCACCGGCCCCGGGCCCGCCCGGCCCCGCGCACACUCCCUCUCCCCCGCCGGCCCGGCCGGACGCAACGGCGGCGCCGAGCGGCACUGCCCGCCCCGGGAGGGCUCAGCAGCGGAACCAGCGAAGACGCACCGGGAGUGA